UCCUUCUACUGAGAGUCUGAGAGAUCGUUAGUAACAUUUUUCGAUUUCUUGAAAAUUCAAAAGCAAGCAAGAAGAAGAGAGAUCACUUGAGCAACAACUCCAUCACUAUCUCUGCUCUUCCAAGAGAUUUCUGUUCAUCGAGGCGAAAAUCCAUGGCGGAUUCAUCGGGCACCACGCUCAUGGAUCUGAUAACGUCGGACGGUUCGUCGUCCAAGCCUCCACCAGCGUCUUCGGCUACGGCGCCGCCCCCCAUGGAUUCGACGGUGAACAUGGAGGCGCCAGGGGCGCCGAUGCCGAUGGUUGUCGAGCGGAAGUCGAAGAGGGGGACUCUGAUGCAGAUCCAGAGUGACACUAUCUCUGCCGCCAAGGCUGCUUUCCACCCAGUCCGAGCCAACAUUAUGCCCCAAAGACAAAAGAAAAAGCCUGUGUCGUAUGCACAACUUGCAAGGAGUAUUCAUGAGCUAGCAGCUACGUCUGAUCAAAAAAGUUCCCAGAGGCAAUUGGUUCAUCAUGUAUUUCCGAAGCUUGCUGUGUACAACUCUGUUGACCCGUCAUUGGCCCCGUCACUUUUAAUGCUUGACCAGCAAUGUGAGGAUAGGACUGUACUGCGGUAUGUUUAUUACUACUUGGCAAGAAUUUUAUCAGAUUCUGGGGCACAAGGUUUAAGCCCAGGCGGUGGCAUACCUACUCCAAAUUGGGAUGCUUUGGCUGACAUAGAUGCAGGUGGUGGUGUCACAAGAGCUGAUGUUGUUCCUCGAGUAGUAGACAGGUUAACUUCAGAGGCUUUAAAUGAAGAAGUUGAAUUUCAUGCUCGGAGAUUGCAAGCAUUGAAGGCUCUUACUUAUGCUCCUUCUAGCAACUCAGAAAUCCUAUCCAGGUUGUACGAAAUUGUGUUCAGCAUUCUGGACAAGCGAAAAAAGGGUAUAUUUGGGACAAAGGGAGGUGAUAAGGAGUCUAUCAUUCGGAGCAAUUUGCAAUAUGCAGCCUUAAGCGCUUUGAGAAGACUCCCUUUAGAUCCAGGAAAUCCGGCAUUUCUUCAACGUGCUGCGCAAGGUGUUUCGUUCUCCGAUCCAAUUGCAGUGAGGCAUUCGCUGGAAAUUCUAUCUGAAUUGGCCUCAAAAGAUCCAUAUGCAGUUGCAAUGGCGUUAGGGAAACAUGUGCAACCUGGUGGGGCACUGCAGGAUGUUCUCCAUUUGCAUGACGUACUUGCUAGAGUUGCACUUGCUAAGUUGUGCCAUACGGUGUCCCGAGCUCGAGCAUUAGAUGAACGUCCAGAUGUCAAGUCUCAGUUUAAUGCCGUGCUGUAUCAACUUCUCUUGGAUCCCAGUGAAAGAGUUUGUUUUGAGGCUGUACUUUGUGUACUUGGUAAAUUUGAUAAUUCGGAGAGUACUGAGGAAAGAGCUGCUGGCUGGUAUCGUCUGAGUAGAGAAAUUCUCAGGAUUCCAGAUUCAUCUUCUGUUAAGGACUCAAGCUCUGAGGAAAAAGAUGCAGUUCCAUCAAAGGCCACGAAAGAUAAAUCAUCAAAGACGAGGCGUCCACAACCACUGAUCAAACUUGUGAUGCGAAGGUUGGAAAGCUCUUUCCGAAGUUUCUCACGGCCUGUAUUGCAUGCAGCAGCAAGGAUUGUACAGGAGAUGGGAAAAAGUCGUGCUGCUGCUUUUGCAUUAGGUUUACAGGAUAUUGAUGAAGGAGCUGAAGUUAAUACUUUUUCGGAAAACAAUGACUCAUAUGAUUCAGAUGUAAAUCCAACUGCACCAUCUGAAGGUCAUCGUAGAGUCGCCUCAGUUAGUGGUAUGGGUCAGAAGGACACAGUUGCUGGUAUGUUGGCUUCACUUAUGGAGGUCGUGCGGACAACUGUUGCAUGUGAAUGUGUUUAUGUGCGGGCAAUGGUGAUUAAAGCACUGAUAUGGAUGCAAAGUCCAUAUGAAUCUUUUGAUGAAUUGGAAUCCAUCAUUGCAUCUGAGCUCUCUGAUCCAUCUUGGCCAGCAACUUUGUUGAAUGAUAUAUUACUCACAUUGCAUGCUCGUUUCAAGGCUACACCAGAUAUGGCAGUCACUCUUCUUGAAAUUGCAAGAAUAUUUGCGACUAAAGUUCCAGGAAAAAUUGAUGCUGAUGUACUACAACUUCUGUGGAAAACUUGUUUGGUUGGGGCUGGACCAGAUGGAAAACACACAGCUCUGGAAGCCGUUACAAUAGUUCUUGAUUUGCCGCCUCCUCAACCUGGCUCAAUCUUGGGACUUACCUCAAUUGAUAAGGUAUCUGCAUCUGAUCCAAAGUCGGCGCUUGCUUUGCAGAGAUUAGUUCAAGCAGCGGUUUGGUUCCUUGGAGAAAAUGCAAAUUAUGCUGCUUCUGAAUAUGCUUGGGAGUCGGCAACCCCGCCUGGUACUGCAUUAAUGAUGUUGGAUGCAGACAAAAUGGUUGCUGCAGCUAGCUCCCGAAAUCCUACACUAGCUGGUGCUCUGACUCGACUCCAAAGGUGUGCUUUCAGUGGCAGCUGGGAGAUUCGGAUCAUUGCUGCACAAGCUCUUACGACUAUGGCAAUUAGAUCUGGUGAGCCUUAUAGACUGCAGAUCUAUGAAUUUCUGCAUACUUUGGCUCAAGGUGGUGUGCAGUCCCAGUUUUCAGAUAUGCAUACUAGUAAUGGUGAAGAUCAGGGAGCAAGUGGUACAGGCCUUGGAUCUUUAAUAAGUCCUAUGUUGAAAGUCCUAGAUGAAAUGUAUAGUGCACAAGAUGAACUCAUAAAGGAGAUGCGCAAUCAUGACAAUGCCAAAAAAGAAUGGACAGAUGAGGAACUCAAGAAGCUGUAUGAAACUCAUGAGAGGUUGUUAGAUCUUGUCUCGCUCUUUUGUUAUGUCCCAAGAGCAAAAUAUCUUCCGUUGGGGCCAACAAGUGCAAAACUCAUCGACAUAUAUCGCACUCGGCAUAAUAUUAGUGCAUCAUCAGGCCUCAAUGAUCCUGCUGUUGCCACAGGGAUUUCUGACCUUAUUUAUGAAACUUCCAAGACGAGGAUUCAAGAUGUUCUCUUCGAGACUACCAAAACAAAAACAAAGCCAGCUGAGCCAGAUGCACUUGAUGACGACCUUGUUAAUUUUUGGGCUGCAAAUCUUGGUGAUGAUAGUGCACCUGCCAUGAAUAGGGUAAAUGAAUUUCUCGCUGGUGCUGGUACUGAUGCCCCUGAUGUUGAGGAAGAGAACAUCAUUUCCAGACCUUCUAUGAGUUAUGAUGAUAUGUGGGCAAAGACUCUCUUGGAAACGACAGAAAGGGAGGAAUAUGAUGCAAGAUCAUCUGGAUCUUCAUCUCCAGACUCAACAGGGUCCGUUGAGACAUCCAUAUCCUCCCAUUUUGGGGGAAUGAACUAUCCAUCAUUGUUCAGUUCAAAACCAUCUACUCAUGGGCCUUCAAAGUUCAAGGAAAGGUCUAGUGGAAGUAGAUAUAGUGCAUAUGAAGCUCCUGGCUCACCGAUAAGAGAAGAACCUCCUCCAUAUUCGUCGCCUGAUCAUCAAAGACGCGAGUCAUUUGAGAAUCCCUUAGCUGGCCCUAUUUCCCAUAGUCUCGAUGAAGGACGGCCUUCUUCAGGCAAUCCACAGUUUGGGUCAGCUCUUUAUGACUUCAGUGCUGGUGGCGAUGAUGAGCUUAAUCUUACUGCUGGUGAAGAAGUUGAGAUUGAGUAUGAAGUAGAUGGCUGGUAUUAUGUCAAGAAGAAACGUCCUGGCCGGGACGGGAAAAUGGCUGGGUUGGUUCCUGUGCUGUAUGUCAGUCCAUCUUAAUGCUGAGUCUGCACUUGGUCUUGCCCAAGUUGAAUGCCUUAUUAAACUACACAAAGAUCACUUUGCUGUUAUAAAUUGUUGGAAAUACAUGGAGCAAAGCCUGUCUAGUGGAGAAACCACCCAUAGUUACCAGAUCCUUGCUUUACAGUAUCUGUGUAUCGUCAGCUGAGAUCAAUUUACCAUCAUAUUGAGUAAGCCGAAGCAUGUCUAAUUCGUAUCGCCCUUUUGUUGUUAUACCAUGGUCACAUCAAGUUGGUUGCCUUCUAACUCUGCUGGUUUCGUCUAGUUACUUUGGAAGUGCCCGGUUUUUCAUACUAACAGUCUUAAUUCACUCAUUAUUUUGUUCUCCCCUGUAUGUUUAUUGACAGCUUGUCAGCUUGUUUAUGUAAGCCUCUAUAGAUGAGUAGUGUUGCUAAUUUUGUUCCCAUAUCAUCUGCACAUGAGUAGUUCAUUGUUACAGAAGCCUCACACGUCAUGUGGGAUUUUGCUUGUAUCUAUAUUCAAUCAAUUGAGUGAGUUACCAAAUGUACUAGUCAUAAACUACUACUUGGUAUGAUUUUGAAUUUUUAUCAAUUGAAUGUCGUCUCAUUU